UGAACCCACACAGACGUUUUGCAAUCGCAUGGUAAUAUUUUCAGCUCAAUCCCUUGCACGCGACCCCUGCUAAGCUGAUAUGGGUUGCGGCUCAUCGGUGCAAGUACAUCAAGAUCCAGAUUCGGUAGUCCCGACUGCUCCUAGCGCUGCGGGGAAGCAAGAUGCUGCCUCAUUUGCUGAUGGUUGCAGACUACGUAUUUUCCACAUCAAUGAUGUUUACGCCUUAGACAAUCUACCAGUGCUUCGCAGCUGCAUACUUGCACGCAGUGAAGGUGUGAAUGUGUUGACGACACUGGCUGGCGAUUUUUUGGCACCCUCCCUACUGUCCUCGAUCGACCAUGGUCGUGGAAUGGUUGCUGCGAUGAAUGCAGUUCCCGUAGAUGCAGUUUGCUUUGGGAACCACGAGUGUGAUAUACCAUUUGGUAGCCUUGUGCAACGCAUAAAUCAGUUUGAGGGCACUUGGUUGAACUCCAACAUGCUAUCAAUGAAAGAAGAGCCAGAACUUCGGGAGAAACUCGUAGAAUAUCAUAUGGUUGAAUUGGAAGGUGGAAGAUCCGUUGUUUUGACCGGCUUCCUUAUUGGCGGAGAUAAGUUUGCUUCCUUGUACAGGAAAGGAGCCUUUGGUGGCCAUGCGACCAAAAUCAAGCCUGUGCUUGAAUCUGUGGAUGAGGUCAUGUCUCAAGUGCACAGCAUCUAUCCAGACGCUGACUGUGUCAUCCCCUUGACCCAUCAAGACAUGCCAGACGAUGUCGCCAUAACCAACCGAGGGCACAAUUUCCCGGUGGUUUUGGGUGGCCAUGACCAUGACGUUUUUUGUGAACAUCACAACGGCACUGUUAUUGUGAAAGCAGGAGCCGAUGCCAAGAAUGUUGCUGUGAUCGACCUCUUUUGGGAGAAAGGGGCUCCGCCAAAGUCUCCUCCCAUCGUGUCCAUAGAGAUGGUUCCGUUAGAAGCUCCAGAAGGCAAGGAGCGGUCUGAAGCUCCAUAUCAGCCAGAUCUGAAAUUACAAGAGACUGUGAAAAUCUUGCAGAGACCAGCUGAAGAACUGAAGGCAGCUACCCUGGCAGCAAUGCCUGUGGAUGACGAGGAUCCCUUGACAUCAGAGGGAGUGCGAUUUCACGAAUGCACCAUGGCAACUUUGCUCGCAAGCGGAUUGCGAGACAUUGGAGGAGCUGAUGGUGCUCUGAUGAAUGCAGGUAGCAUUCGUGGAAAGAAGACCUAUUCUGAUGGCAGGAUCCGCUUUGCUGAUUUGGCCUCAGAGGUGCCGUUCCCAUCCACGGUCAUCACUGCUGUGAUUCCGGGCUCAGUGCUAUCAGAAGCAGUUGCAGCAAGCAGAGCUCCAUGGCAUGGGGCGGAAACCCCCAGGGCUGGUGCUCCUGCUGGAUCCACCUCCCAUGCCUUGCAUUUUGAUGAUGGGAUGAAGUCAGAUCCCAUCACAGAAGAGCUUGUUGAAGUUGCAGGGAAACCUUUAGAUCCAGAUUGUCUCUACAGCAUUGUCAUUGAUAGUUUCUUAAUGCACAACGACAAGGUCCUCAUGGAGUACACCAAGGCUCAUCCGGAGAACGUUCCAUCUGAGGAAAGCGGGCGACCAGCCCUGCCGAUGUUGGUGGAGUUUUUUUGUAACAAGAUUUGGGCCAGCCUUUGUGAUGUGGAUGGUGAUGGUGUUGUUCAGGUUGAGGAAAUUGAUGAGUUUUUUGACUUAGCAGACACUGAUGGGAAUGGAGAGCUUGACGUGGACGAGAUCAUGGUUGCCAUGUCCUUGAGGCUUGGCGAUCUAGAUGUGACCAGAGUCUUGGCUCAGCAAUGCGUGAGCCUGGCUGACGAAGAUGGCAAUGGGAAGGUCUCAAAAGAGGAGCUUAGAAAGUUCAUGAUGGCAGAGGCGAAAGCGCGCUUGGAAAGUCCAACGACGUGAUGGGCCUUGAUGGGUGCAUCCCAGAUUUCCCCAUUUUUUAAUCAACGGUUGGUCAAGUGAUGACACGUAUG